UCUGUGGAAGCAGCAACAGCUCCCAUCCUUCCAUCCUUUCUGGAGAAGCGGUGGCCUCAUGGUGAGCCGAAUGGGCUGGGGGAGGAGUAGAGGGCGGCUGGGGCGGUGGGGAGACCUGGGGCCCGGAUCGGUGCCCCUCCUCCCCAUGCCACUGCCACCUCCUCCUCCUCCUUCCUGCCGGGGACCUGGAGGAGGGAGGAUCUCCAUCUUCUCUCUGUCCCCUGCCCCUCAUACAAGAAGCUCUCCCUCCUCAUUUUCCCCUCUCACCCCAGGGCCCCCUUGCUCAGUGCUACAGGGGACAGGGGCUUCUCAGCCUUGCCACAGUGCUCUCCCCACCCCAGCCAUCCCCCCAACAGAGGUUCAACCUGCAAUGUCACCUGCCUCUGCAUCCCCCUCCUGGGGAUCCCACUCCACCCCACCCCUGGCCUCAGUGACUGCCCCUCCCUCACACCAGUGCCCCCAGGACUCUCCUGGGCUGCGGAUAGGCCCUUUGAUCCCUGAGCAGGAUUAUGAGCGGCUGGAGGACUGUGACCCUGAGGGGUCCCAAGACUUACCCAUCCACGGGGAGGAGCAGCAACCCCUGCUUCACGUCCCUGAAGGGCUCCGGGGUUCCUGGCAUCACAUCCAGAACCUGGACAGCUUCUUCACCAAGAUCUACAGCUACCACCAGCGGAAUGGCUUUGCCUGCAUCCUGCUGGAGGAUGUCUUCCAGCUGGGACAAUUCAUUUUCAUUGUCACCUUCACAACCUUCCUCUUUCGAUGUGUGGAUUACAAUGUUCUCUUUGCCAACCAACCAAGCAACCGUACCAGACCUGGGUCAUUCCACAGCAAAGUGACCUUGUCAGAUGCCAUCCUACCCUCAGCCCAGUGUGCUGAGAGGAUCCACUCCAGCCCCCUGCUCGUCUUCCUUCUGGUCCUGGCUGCGGGCUUCUGGGUGGUGCAGCUGCUUCGCUCACUCUGCAACCUCUCCAGCUACUGGGACAUCCAGGUGUUUUACAGGGAGGCCCUGCACAUCACCCCGGAGGAGCUGAACUCGGUUCCCUGGGCAGAGGUGCAGUCCCGUCUCCUGGCGCUGCAGAGGAGCGGGGGUCUGUGCGUGCAGCCGCGGCCCCUGACGGAGCUGGACGUCCACCACCGCAUCCUGCGCUACACCAACUACCAAGUGGCGCUGGCCAACAAAGGCCUGCUGCCGGCCCGCUGCCCACUGCCCUGGGGAGGCAGUGCCACUUUCCUCAGCCGCGGCCUGGCGCUCAAUGUCGACCUGCUGCUUUUCCGCGGUCCCUUCUCGCUCUUCCGUGGGGGCUGGGAGCUGCCGCACGCUUACAAACGCAGCGACCAGCGGGGCGCCCUGGCAGCACGCUGGGGGCGCACAGUGCUGCUGCUCGCCGCCCUGAACCUGGCGCUGAGCCCGUUGGUGCUGGCCUGGCAGGUGCUGCAUGCCUUCUAUAGCCACGUGGAGCUGCUGCGGCGUGAGCCCGGGGCGCUUGGGGCCCGCCGCUGGUCCCGCCUGGCGCGCUUGCAACUGCGCCACUUCAACGAGCUGCCACACGAGCUGCGCGCGCGCCUGGCCCGCGCCUACCGCCCCGCCACCGCCUUCCUGCGCACCGCUGCGCCCCCCGCGCCCCUGCGCGCGCUGCUGGCCCGCCAGCUAGUCUUCUUCGCGGGCGCGCUCUUCGCCGCGCUGCUUGUGCUCACCGUCUAUGACGAGGACGUGCUAGCCGUGGAGCACGUGCUCACCGCCAUGACUGCGCUCGGGGUCACCGCCACCGUGGCCAGGUCUUUCGUUCCCGAAGAGCAGUGCCAGGGUCGUGCGCCGCAGCUCCUGCUGCAGACGGCCCUGGCCCACAUGCACUACCUCCCGGAGGAGCCCUGCCCUGGAGGCAGGGACCGCGCGUACCGGCAGAUGGCGCAGCUGCUGCAGUACCGAGCGGUCUCCCUCCUGGAGGAGCUCCUGUCCCCGCUCCUCACGCCGUUGUUUCUGCUUUUCUGGUUCCGCCCUCGUGCCCUGGAGAUUAUCGACUUUUUUCAUCAUUUCACUGUGGAUGUGGCUGGGGUUGGGGACAUCUGUUCCUUUGCCCUCAUGGAUGUGAAGCGCCAUGGCCACCCUCAGUGGCUCUCAGCGGGGCAGACGGAGGCGUCGCUGUUUCAGCGUGCGGAGGACGGGAAGACUGAGCUUUCUUUGAUGCGGUUCUCCCUGGUGCAUCCUCUCUGGCAACCCCCAGGGCACAGCUCCAAGUUUCUUGGGCACCUCCGGGGCCGGGUACAACAAGAUGCAGCCGCCUGGGGCGCCACCUCGGCUCGCAGCCCCCCAACCCCGGGGGUGCUCAGCAACUGCACCUCACCCCUGCCUGAGGCCUUCCUGGCCAAUCUCUUGGUGCACCCUCUCCUGCCCCCGAGGGACCUGAGCCCAACAGCCCCCUGUCCCGCUGCGGCCACAGCCAGCCUCCUUGCCUCCAUUUCCCGAAUUGCCCAGGACUCCAGCUGUGUGUCCCCAGGAGGCACUGGGGGCCAGAAGCUGGCCCAGCUCCCAGAACUUGCUUCUGCUGAGAUGAGUCUCCAUGCCAUCUACCUGCACCAGCUUCACCAGCAGCAGCAGCAGGAGCCGUGGGGCGAGGCUGCGGUCUCCGACCUGUCGAGGCCCGGCUCCAGCCCAUCACAGCCACCCUCGCCUGACGAGGAGAAGCCAUCCUGGUCAAGUGAUGGCUCCAGUCCUGCCUCCAGCCCCAGACAACAGUGGGGAACCCAGAGGGCCCUGAAUCUGUUCUCCAGAGGGUUUCAGGUGACCAGAGACACCCAGAAGGAGCCUGGCCAGGCCUCUUGCUGACUGAGAGGACUCCUCAGGGCGCCUUGGCUUCUGCAGCCACAGGAGAUUGGAGGGUGGAGUAGAAGAACAAUGGAGCCAUCACUAGAAGCCCCAUAGAUGACAGGCCCAGGUGCUUUAGUGGGGCAGGACCUGGGAGUCAGUGAGGAACUCGCCCCGAGAACAGAGAAAAGGUAGGAGAGGAGAUGCCGAGGGCAACUGGAAACAAGUCUUAGAGAUGGUCCCCAUCCGGAGGGGAGAAGGGGACACACCCGCAACUGCAGCGUGUCCUGGAGCAGCUGCCUGGGAAGAAGUCCUCGAGUUUCCUCCAGGUGGGGGACAGAGGUCAAGGACUAGCCCGAGCUAAAUGGAAGGGCAACAGUGAGGCAGGUGGGCUUUAAGGCCGUGGAUUCGUUGUGCUGGUGGCCACCGGCAGCACUUUCAGGUUCCUGGGGGCUUGCAGGGGAUGGGGGUGGUAUCUGAGGGAGUGGGUUGGCUCCCUGCGCUGUAUGAAAUAAGCAGUAAAGCUCGCUCAUGGCUGUU